GAAAGACAACAGCAAUUCUUACAACCAACACAUAUCAUCAGCAAAUGUCCGCUUUAUUCAACUUUCAGUCAUUAUUACAAGUGAUAUUACUAUUAAUCUGUACCUGUACAUAUAUCCAUGAAUUAUAUCCAAAGUUGUUCAACCUGCAAAAGACAGGAUUAUUGAGUGUAUUCUACAAGUUCGCUAGGAUAGGUGAACGAUUAAGUCCUUAUGUCGCAAUUGGAUGCUUCAUAAUGGCAUUUAACGCUUUGCUGGCGUAAAUCUACAAAAGGUAUUUAGGGGUUUGUAAUUAAUAUAAUAUUUAAGGUUCUAUCUAAAUUCAUACGAUUCAUUGACGGAAUUACACAAUACUGGUGCUCUUUCGUUCCCGACAAUUCUUUCCAAUGUCACGGCAUCCCAUUUCGAGAACAAGAUUUUCACCAAGGCUAAAUCCAAGUCACAUUCUUGUUUGAAGACGGAUUUCCCAAUGAAUCGGAUGAGCUCCUUGUAGAAGACUGGGUUGGAUGGUAGACCGAACAUAACUAAUGUUUUCACUCCAGAUAUUUCAAAUCUUCUGAAGUAAUGUAAUCUUUCGGUGUACAAUAAGAUCUUGAUUUUCCCACUGGUGAAUUGUUGUCUUGUUCUGGUUAAUUUGGACUGCGAGGUGUAUUCGUCAAUAGACGCAAAAUUAAACUUGGUGUUGGCUUUCAAGUGGGAUUUAACACGAAGAUAGUCAAAAUAUGAAGGGAUGAAAAUCAUGAUCCCGUCUUCGUAUGAAGAUGACUUUAAUAAUGAAGGCAAGAUUGUGUUGGUGAAGAAUUUAAAUCUUGAAUCUGGGUCCAGCAUUGGACUAGGACUCUCGAAUCUUUGAAAGAUUUGUUUGAUUUUCAAUCCAAUCGAGUUCAUAAUACUGUUUUCUUGAGUGAUUAUUGGUUUAAACUUUAGCUUACCAGCUAAAUUGAACGAUUUAUGUGAAAUUAAAUUGUUGAUCAUGGGUGU